GAGGAAACAGGAGGUGCUGGGAGGUGCUAGCUAAGCUUAGAGUUAGACAGCCCUGACGAAAAGCAGCAGAUUGUUCAAUAAGGGGCCUUCCCCUUCAAAUUCAUUGCUGGCUCAGUGGGAAAGAACGGGGGAAUGACGGGCAUUAAGUGCCUAUACAUUCAGACUGAUUGGCGCCGCUUCUGGAGCUGAAUGAAGGAAGUGAGGAAUUCUACUGCAGACAGUGUUAGUUGACUUUCUGAGUUGGACGGAUUGCCGCUCUCCACAAGUUGUUUGUGUUGCUGCAUCUCUGCCUUGAAGACUUUGAUUGCUUUCCUCACAAUUGAUCAUACUGCCCCUUGACUCAGUGUCGCUAAGAGUGCCAGAGUGGCGAUGCCCCCAGUUGAGCUUUCAAAAUUUUAGAUGCAUUGCUGUCCUCUGAAACUGGUCAGAAUACAGAUAACUGUCAAUUUGUACAAAAGGGUGACCCAUAGAAUCUGUCUGGCAGAGACUUUUGUUGGUUCUCCAAGCUUUCCACCAAAAGAUGACCUUGUUCAGUAGCAAAGGCUUAAGGACCUUAGUAAGCUUCUUCAAUGGCACCCCCAGCUAGUUAUUUAGAGAUAGAGACCACGAGGACUGCCGCCAUGGUUGACGGCAGGCUUGAGAUAGCAGAAGAGGAUGAAGCAGAACAGGGAAUUGCACAGCCCACAGACGAAGACAGCGCUGGGGUGUACACUGUGGAGGAUGCCAUUGAAGCUUCUGGCUUUGGACCAUUCCAUACUAUGUUGCUUCUGUAUACUGGCACAGCAUGGCUGGCAGAUGCGUGCGAGAUGAUCCUCCUAUCAUACGUGGGACCUGCUGCUCGGUGCGAAUGGCACUUAAGCCCUGCUCAAGAAGGGGCCAUAUCAAGCGCAGUAUUCCUAGGCGUCUUCCUGGGAUCGAACUGCUGGGGCAUCGUCUCUGAUGAAUGGGGGCGGCGAGUUGGCUUCUUCGCGACCGCUGUAUUCACUCUCGUAUUUGGGCUCCUUAGUGCCGUUUCGCCCGCCUACUGGUUCCUACUGGUGUCCCGGGCGUUGGUAGGGUUUGGAUUGGGGGGCGGGAGUGUAAUCUUUUCUCUCUUCAUGGAAUUCAUUCCGUCGUCAAGAAGGGGCUUCUGGCUAGUGUGUGUCGAAUUCUUCUGGACGAUUGGCUCGGUUGCGCAGGCUCUGCUGGCGUGGAUCGUCAUGCCCACCCUCCAAUGGAGGUGGCUGGUUGCAUUCUCUGCCACCCCAUUUCUUCUCCUCCUCAUCUUUUAUCCAGUGCUCCCUGAGUCGCCCCGCUAUUUGAUGGUCAAGGGACGAGAAAAGUCGUCACUUGCUGUGUUGCAACGGAUGGCGGUUAGAAAUAGAAAGAGCCUGCCUCCUGGCCGGCUUGUUCACAGCCAUCCUAAGGACCGGCCUUCCCCCGAGCACCCGACGGAGGUGCCCGGUACAGUGCCCCAGUCCGUCUUUGAAAGGAAUCUAUCGCCCCAGAAGCGGAGGGUGAGUGGGUAUCAAAAGAUUCCGGCCCCUGGGGGACACGAGGAUGAGAAGCGGACCACUCAGAAGCGGCCCCUCGCAGACGCAGCGGCGCUGCUAAGGGACCUGUUGAGCCCGUCCCUAUGGAGAUCCACCGUCAUUCUGUGGCUGGUCUUUUUCGCGUGCGCAUUCACAUACUACGGUCUUGUGCUUUUGACGACCCAGAUCGGGUCAAAGCGGCCCGGGUUGAGUGGUACGACUGGGGAGGAUUGCGGGCAGGACAGCAAGCAGGUCCAAUGCAGCGCAGAGGGCCUACCGAUCAUGGACAACUCUGCAUACCGGGACGUGCUGAUUACAAGCUGUGCUGAGUUCCCUGGUACGCUCAUUGCCGCGCUGAUGAUUGACGUCGUGGGACGGAAGAGGAGUCUUUUCGGUAUGCUGCUGUUCAGCAGUGCCUGCCUGCUGCCGCUCCUCCAUACGCUAUCGGAGUCCCUGACAACCCUCCUGCUUUUUGGCGCACGCGCCGCGAUCCAGGGUUCCUUCUCGGUGAUUUGGGCCUAUGGACCUGAGCUGUAUCCGACGGCUGUCCGCUCGACUGGGCUUGGGGUGGGGAACGGCUUCGCUAGAUUAGGCGGCUUCGUUUGCCCCUUCGUCGCCGUUGACCUUAUUGCUUCCUGCCAACGGGGUCUCGCUGUGGGGCUCUUCUGUGCGGUGCCACUAAUAGCCGCAAUCGCGACCUUGUGCUUCCCUAAGGAGACCAAGGCUUCUAGAUUUGAAGAAAAGGAUCUAGAUGAGCUUGAGGCGCCACAGCAGUAAAGUAGCGGCUCAAAGCUCAUGGAGAGCUGCAAUUGGGCCCAGAUGGUUGACUCUCAGCCUGCAUUCUUAUCAUGUGUAAUGUUAUCAUUCAUUGCUUGCUGCCUCUGUACCAUAGGUUGAUUCGUGAACUGGUUCUUAAAGGCAGUUUCGUAGGCAGCGGUCUAUUGUUUCUUUCCAAACCUUCAAACGGAUUGCUUUUCCAUUUGGUCCUCAAUAGGGGUCAACUUGUAAUGCGCACAGCGUUGUGGCAGCUUUAAGCUUCUAGCUAAGGGGCCUGGUCAUGGCCCAGUCCGACCUUUGCCCAGAUGGCGGGAUUUGGAUAUUAAUUAUUCGAUCCG